ACAUUUUUUGAAGGAUGGCUUUUGUGAGUAAAAUCCUUCGUCAAAAGGUUCCCUUAGGGAGACUCCUCUCAUACCAGUCAUUGUACGAGUGCACAGAGAACCACGGUUUGGUCCCACCAUCAGGAUCAACUCAUCAGUCUAUUAUUGAAAAAUUGUCCGGCAACUCUACAAACACAGUGGAGAAUAUGAUGACUGGGAAAGUCUUAUCUUUCAGUCAGAUUGCUGAUGAUACUUUGAAGGCAGCUGCAAAGAUAAAAGCAUGUGGAGUAAAGCCAGGGGAUCAUGUCAUGCUGUUCAGUCCAAACAAUGAAAACUACAUUGCAGCUCUAAUCGGAUUGAUGUCCAUUGGGGCAAUACCUUGUCUUGCAAAUCCUGCCUACACAGAGUACGAACUUGGUGAAAUUUGCAAGGCAAGUGACGCAAAGUUCCUGAUCGGAUCCAAAGCAAACGGACAUGUAGCUAAGAAGAUAUCAGAAGACCAGAACGUACCGGUACUCUGCAAUGUGGAUGACUUGCCGGAAUUUAGCAGUGGCUGUGCUCCAAUCAGUGAGCUGUAUCCUGCUGAUCUGGACGAUGUUGCUGUUAUCGGUUACAGUAGUGGAACUACAGGAUUACCAAAAGGCGUACAACUGACACACGGUAACUUGGCGUAUCAGCGCACUAUGGUUGGUUACGAGAAAGUGUUUCCUAGCUUGGGGGCAACUCAGGCCCUAAUAAUGCCGUGGUACCACGCAUUUGGUUUCACUCAACUCAGUCUCAGUAUUGAGAUCUCGUCGGAUAUAAAGUUCCUGUCUCACUUUGAUCCCGCCAUAUUCCUCAACACUAUACAGACGCACAGGCCCGCAGUAUUAGCAGUGGUACCUCCAAUACUGUUGUUUCUAGCGAAGCACCCUGCUGUAGCACAGUUCGAUCUGACAAGUGUAAAGGAGUGUAUAUCCGGAGCUGCACCGCUAACACGUGAUCUGAUAAACGAGCUAAUGACCAAACAUCCUAACUUAACCGGCUGCAGGCAAGGUUAUGGGAUGACCGAAACUACAGCGGGUGCAGUGUUCCAGAUGACUGGUUGUACUAAACAUGGCAGUGUUGGUACUCCAUUACCUUUCUGUAAAUUCAAGGUGGUGGACCCUAAAACUGACGAGGCAGUGUUGGACGGCGGGUCUGGGGAGAUACUGCUGGGUGGUCCCUGUGUUAUGAAAGGAUAUUACAAGAACGACAAAGCAAACUCAGAGACACUAACAAGUGACGGGUUUGUACGGACAGGAGAUGUAGGAACAGUAGAUAAAGAGGGGGUCCUCUACAUUACAGACAGACUCAAGGAGCUCAUCAAAGUUAAGGGUUAUCAGGUAGCACCAGCAGAGUUAGAAGGAGUAUUAACAUCACACCCGGGUAUUGCUGACGCUGCUGUUAUUGGUAUCCCUGAUGAGCGAGCUGGAGAAGUGCCAAAAGCUUUCGUUACUCCCAGCCCUGGAGCGAAUAUCACUGAAGAGGAUGUGAAGAACUUCAUAGCUUCUAGACUUUCUGUUGAGAAACAGCUGGGAUCUGUGGAGUUUAUGGAGGCUAUCCCAAAGCUUCCCUCUGGUAAGAUUCUAAGAAAGGAUCUAAGAAAGCUAGAGGAGUCUAGAAGAAAGUGAAACUCAGACAUUAAUCCUGAGAGGUGCCUGAUAACAGUUGCCUGAUAACAGUUGCCUGGUAACAGUUGCCUGGUAACAGUUGCCUGGUAACAGUUGCCUGGUAACACUAACAGUUGCCUGGUCACACUAACAGUUGCCUGGUAACAGUUGCCUUGUAACACUAACAGUUGCCUGGUAACACUAACAGUUGCCUGGUAACACUAACAGUUGCCUGGUCACACUAACAGUUGCCUGGUAACAGUUGCCUGGUAACACUAACAGUUGCCUGGUAACAGUUGCCUGGUAACACUAACAGUUGCCUGGUAACACUAACAGUUGCCUGGUAACACUAACAGUUGCCUGGUAACACUAACAGUUGCCUGGUAACAGUUGCCUGGUAACAGUUGCCUGGUAACACUAACAGUUGCCUGGUCACACUAACAGUUGCCUGGUAACAAUUGCCUGGUAACACUAACAGUUGCCUGGUAACAGUUGCCUGGUAACACUAACAGUUGCCUGGUAACAGUUGCCUGGUAACACUAACAGUUGCCUGGUAACACUAACAGUUGCCUGGUAACAGUUGCCUGGUAACAGUUGCCUGGUAACAGUUGCCUGGUAACAGUUGCCUGGUAGCAGUUGCCUGGUAACACUAACAGUUGCAUGGUAACAGUUGCCUGGUAACACUAACAGUUGCCUGGUAACAGUUGCCUGGUAACAGUUGCCUGAUAACAGUUGCCUGGUAACAGUUGCCUGGUAACAGUUGCCUGAUAACAGUUGCCUGGUAACACUAACAGUUGCCUGGUAACACUAACAGUUGCCUGGUAACAGUUGCCUGGUAACACUAACAGUUGCCUGGUAACACUAACAGUUGUCUGGUAACACUAACAGUUGCCUGAUAACAGUUGCCUGGUAACACUAACAGUUGCCUGGUAACACUAACAGUUGCAUGGUAACAGUUGCCUGGUAACACUAACAGUUGCCUGGUAACAGUUGCCUGGUAACACUAACAGUUGCCUGGUAACACUAACAGUUGCCUGGUAACACUAACAGUUGCCUGGUAACACUAACAGUUGCCUGGUAACACUAACAGUUGCCUGAUAACACUAACAGUUGCCUGGUAACAGUUGCCUGGUAACAGUUGCCUGGUAACACUAACAGUUGCCUGGUAACACUAACAGUUGCCUGGUAACAGUUACUCUGUUUAGUUUGUUCUGAGGACUUGUCUAUCUGAAUCCGUUGAAAAAGGUGCCAUUUACAAUCUAUCAUUUUUAGGUCAGGGACUUUUUAAAUUUCUUUCAAUUGCCACUCCAUACUUUUAGAUUUAUUAAGAUAUAACAUAACACAAUUAAAUGUAAGAUACGUAGAUUAUUCAGAUUUAAGCAUGGUAGAAAUAAAUGACAUUUGUUAUUAUAUUAGAGUGAUAGCAUUUUUAUGUGUUUAUGUUUAAUGUUUAUACAUAUAUAUAUACAUAUUAUAAGUGCCAAUAAGAAUUGCAUUUGGCAAGAUCAUGGGUCUUAAUAAUGGUUCUCUAAAAACAGCCAUUGUCAUAUUGCGUUUAGAAUUAUCCAUUGGCAUCAAUACGCUAUAGAAUGCAACAAUGAACAAAGUAUGUUAGAUGGAUUUAUGAAACAGUUUUUUUCUAAUUCAUCAGCAUAUCUUACCAUAUUACGGUUAUCACGGUUACCAUGUUACGGUUACCGUGGUAACGAUGUUACGGUUCUGCCUGACAGUUAUCAACAGACACCAGAUUAGACAACUAAAAUCUGACAUUUUCUUAAUUAAUUAUAAUUAAUAAUUUCUGUGUAAUGUGAUUUGGAAAUUAAAAUACCAAAUUAAUAACAAAGAUUUUUAUACUCGAUUGCAUGUGUGAUACGAUUGAUGACAUUUGCAUAUUUGCAUAUUACCAUGUCCGACUUAUUACAAUUAUUAAGACUAGACAAUGGAAAUUUAUUAACGGACCUAUAAUAGAUUAUGUCAUAAAUGGAAGCGCACCAAAUAUUUUACUUGCGUUAUUUAACGGGUUAGCUUUGAAAACAAAGCACCUUGAUGAAAAUUGGAGUUUUUAAACAUUUUAGUUUGAAUUUUUAUCCCUAAAGCAGUAGAAGUAUAGUAAGUUUAAAGUUGGACUAAUUAAAUUUCACCUAUGAAGAGGUAUUAUAAAAGGCAUGCAUUGCCGAAUUUGAUAUUGGAUUAUUAGUGAAUUAAUUAGUGAAUUGAUUAGUGAAUUAAUUAGUGGAUUAAUUAGUGAAUUAAUUAGUGAAUUAAUUAGUAAAUUAAUUAGUGAAUUAAUUAGUGAAUUAAUUAGUAUGAUAGUUUGUAUUAUUGUUUUUAUCUUCAGUAGUAUUCAGAAUAUUGUCAAUUGAAGCCUAUAGCUUUCUUUUGUUUUGGCUAA